CUGUCUCGCUCUCUCUCUCUCGCAGUUUCCUCUUCCUUUCCUGUCUUUAUCUACUAGUCUUCUUCAACAUUCCAUUAAACCCUUUGUUUAGUAUCACAAUUACAGUCACCCCCACCCUUCACAGAAGUUUCACUCUUUAUUUCAUAAAAGUCUUCUAUCACAAUUACAGUCACCUCCACCCUUCACAGAAGUUUCACUCUUUAUCUUCAUAAAAGUCUUAACCUUUUUUUUCUUAUCACAGAACAGAGAAACCAAUAGAGCAAUGGCUUCUGAUUCAUGGGCUUCUCGCUUCACAACUUCUUCAAGAAGAUAUCAGACUCGAUCUGAUCUGUAUGAUGAGACUGAAACAGAAGAGGAUUUGAAAGCAGAGUAUUUGUGUCCGUUUUGCGGCGAGGAUUUUGAUGUUGUUGGUCUCUUUUGCCACAUCGAUGAAGAGCAUCCUGCUGAAGCCAAGAAUGGGGUAUGUCCAGUUUGUGCUAAAAGGGUGGGGAUGAACAUUGUUACCCACAUUACUGGGCAGCAUGGGAACUUCUUUAAUGUGCAGCGUAAGAGGAGACUGCGGAAGGGGGGAGCUAACUCAGCAUUUUCUAUACUGAGAAAAGAGCUGCGAGAAGGAAGUUUACAAUCCCUUCUUGGUGGAUCUUCGUGCUUUGUUUCGUCCUCCAAUACAGAACCUGAUCCAUUGCUUUCACCUUUCAUAUUUAAUCCACCUGGUUUUGAUGAAACACUGAAUGCAAAACCUCUCUCUUCUGUUGGAGGAAGCUCAGUGAAGGGGAGCACAACUGAGGAGUUUCUAGAAAGGAAAGUCCGACAUCCACAUCUAUCAGACGAGGACCAGGAGAAGUCGCGGAAAUCAGAGUUUGUCCAAGGACUAUUGCUCUCCACCAUUCUGGAUGAUGAGUUAUGAGGGGAUUGUUAAUAUAAUGUUAGGUGUGAGAGCGAAGUGAAGAGGAAAGCUGUUCAAUUUGUGACGCAAGUCGUGUUAGCUAGGAGGUCUGAUUGACUACCUUGUACUCCUAUUUGUAUUUAGAGCUCUCAUGUGCAUAAUGGAAAAAAUAAACGGAUUAAUAUUGAGCCCGAUUAAUAUUGAAAUAGUAAUAAAAUAAUUUUUUUUAUU